CGAGUCUAGACGUAGCGCAGGCCGUGGAAAUUGAGAGAUGACAAGCAGCCCGGGAGGUUCCAAUGAAGCCUGAAUUAAUAAGGCGUUCUCUUCAGAUCUGUCAGAUCUGCCGCCCGUUCUGGUGUUGCGGGGUGGUCCAGUUGGCGGAGGGUGGUUGUUGCAUGAAGGCAAUGAAGGCAAUCGGCGCAUUAAAGGAAUAAAAAUGAUCCUCGUUGGGCCAAGACCAGCAACAGCGUCCAUGCGCGGCUAAAACGCCCACCACGGACCAAGCUCCGAUAUGCGCUCAACAGCUCUAACAUCCGCGCUCACGACAACAACAACAACAGCCCUUCUUUUUCACCUAUGCUUCAUGCUAUUCGCCUGCAUUGCGUAUUGAUUUAAUCCUCCUUAUUUAAUACCCGCUUUCCCCCUGAAACAUCCGCUCGAAGCCAGCUCUUCCGGUUCUCACACAACGUCAUUCAAUACGCUCUCUCCGGAUUUUGAGCCUACGCCUCCUAUUUGCACACGAACACAACAAUCAGAUUGAGAUAAACAGACUGCCUUGCUUUGGCUUUAAAGACUACUCUUUUCUCCGGGUCUGUCACUUGGUUGACCUAGUGAAACCUGCGUCUCUGGAAGACGACAGAUAUCCCUCUCUUCCGCCUCCUCUCGGCUUCCGUUUCGUUUCCUAGUAGUUUUAUAUACUCUUUUUUACGCCUCAAGCAAUCAUGGGCGGAUCGAUAUCAAGAUUACUGUCAGGCUUGUUUUGGACAAAGAAGGAAAUCCGGAUCUUGAUUUUGGGGCUUGAUAAUGCUGGCAAGACAACGUUACUCUAUAGAUUAAAGAUCGGCGAAGUCGUCACAACCAUCCCAACAAUCGGCUUCAAUGUUGAAUCUGUCACAUACAAAAACCUCAAUUUCAACGUCUGGGACCUGGGCGGACAAACCUCCAUCCGCCCUUACUGGAGAUGUUACUAUGCCAAUACUGCCGCUGUGAUCUUCGUCAUUGACUCCACCGACAUCGAACGGCUCGGGACGGCCUCAGAUGAACUAGCCGCAAUGCUGAACGAGGAGGAACUCCGCGAUGCCGCGCUGCUCGUCUUCGCGAAUAAGCAGGACCAGCCGGGCGCAAAGGGUGCUGGGGAGAUUUCCGAGGCGUUGAAGUUGGGUGAGCUGCGGGAUCGUAACUGGAGUAUUGUAGCGUGUUCUGCUAUUGAUGGGAAGGGAAUUGAGGAAGGGAUGGAUUGGUUGGUGCAAACGGUUCAAUCGGAAAAUUCAUAAGCAGGCAAAGAAUUGGCGUAGAAACGGAACAUCCUCAUGGCGUUUCAGAUUUCGGAUUCUUUCUCUUUUUUUGUCCAUUCUCUAUUGCAUCCCUCUUCCCUUUUCUUACCUCAUUCCUCUCUCUUUACCUCACAGCCUAUUUUUCCAUUCCCUUUGAUACCUAUUUGAUAGAACUGAAUACGAACAUAUUAGUCGUAACGACCCAACCCAACCCUGUCACCUAUAAUCUCCCGUUCGACUAAGGUAUGAGGAUGAACUGCUCCAUUUUAAAUCCGGGCGGUCGCUGUUCUACUUUUUGAUGGGUAGAUAUCAGUUUCUUCUAACGUCCUCUGGCUAUAUCUAGCGGGGAAUGAACGCUAUUUCGUGAAGCCGAGGUGGGGUGGGAGAGGAGAGCUUUUGGAUAGUUCCAUGAGACGAAGAGUAACAGGUAUAUGGAAUAGUUAUACAAAAAGUAAAAAUGAAAUAAGAGCGGAAAACUUCAUAGGUAGUAACUUGAUUCCUGCUUUUAAACAAUAAAGGGACGAAAAGAAUAACAUAUAACGUUACUAAUUAUUAAAGCUAUGGGCGAGGUACGUUGACAAAAAUAUAUAUAUACAUGCAGGACAAGAAGACCCUUUCCACCAUAAGGAUUAUCGAGGAACCAAAUCGCAUAUAACCUCAAGGAGCACCAUUAAGUAUUAGAUUAGCCCUUAGACAAAAAAUAAAGGAGAAAAUGUCAAAAUUAACCGAGAACAUUUUCGAGUAAUACCAUUCAAACUUUUUGUAAACGAUUUUCAAGUU